AACGCAGAGAAACAACAUGGAGGACAGUGGAGAGAAGUCAUCGCUGGAGUAUCUCGCUAAACAUAAAGUUUUAGAAUUAUUUGAAAAUCUUACUGCUGCUCUUGUAUUUGAAAGACCAGAAAAUCCGAAAGCGUUUAUGGUUUCAUAUUUUAAAAAGUUAAUGGACUCUCGAGCUAUUGCAAUGAACUAUCCAUGUUUGUUUGAUGACACUAACAUAAAAUCACUCUUUGGAAUGCUAGAUGUAUCAAAUAAUGGAUAUAUUAACUAUGAACAAUACAAGCGAGCUCUUGAAAAUCUUGGAAUUAAAAACUUUAACAAAAGCCCAUCUGGAGCAGACAUUGAUGAAAUAACGUUGGAUGUGUUUAUAAAAGAAGCGAGAACUGGUUUGUCUGCUUCAUCAGCCACCUUCAGUAUUACAUAGCUAAAAUAUAAAGUAUGUAUGUAUGUACAUAUUGGUUUAAUUAAAUGUUGUAAUGAAAAA